AUGGACACGCCCAGCGAUCUCGAAACCAAGGCAAAGAUAAGACUGAGACUACUUGCGAUGGACAGGGUGCUUACUGAAAGUCUCGGGAAGGAGAGGAUCAGGGAGUUGAGGCAAGGUAUCUGGGAGGCCCUUGGGAGGAAGGAAAGGACGAGGUCUAGAAUACCACGGCCGAUGGCUAGCACAAAGGGGCUGUAUGGGGACUCUCAGGGUUGUGGAAGGCACAGCUCUUGA